CUACUCCAGAAUAGCGCGCGGCGGCGGAGCAGCAGCAGCAGCAGCGGCGGGGCCGUCGAGCACUUCCCUCUUUUCCCUGGGUUUUUGUUUGUUUAUUUGUUUGGUCAUGUCGCGGUUGUUCGGUCCGGAGUGAACUCGUCUCGGCGGCGGGAUGUCGGCGCUCACGGAGAGCCAGUGUUACGGUCUGUCCAGCGGGAAACUGAGCCGCGGCGAGAACGUCUCGGUUUUUCACGUCAAACUCACUGACAGCGCGGCAAGAGCCAUCGACACCUUUCAAAGCGGCAAGGGCUGGUCUUCUAAUCCUACUAUCUCCUUCAAUGGAAACCAAGGGAGAAUCGCUGUCCCUUUCUCAGACAGCCGAGAUGACGUGAGGUCCUUCACCUUUGACGUGAUGAACGUUGCCCGUAACAAUCCUUAUGGAAGUUUUGACUGCGUGCAACAGCUCAACAUGGGUGCUGCCGAGGAGCUGUCGUGUCUCGGGGUGAUUCAGAAGAAGAUGACGGUCAACGCCACAGAUGACUCGUAUGAUAAGGCUCGUCAGAGCAUGGCCCAGGCUGAGGAGGAGACGCGUAGUCGAGGGGCCAUCGUCAUCAAACAUGGAGGACGCUUCCAGGGCAAGAAGGUUACGGUGCGAGCUCCGGCCCCGGCGUUGGCCAGCCUGUCCAAGCCGAGACACAAGUCGCCCCAGUCCAUCCUCAGCAACAUGAAGAGGGGGGUUGGUGUGUCCAAAGUGAAGAAGGAAGCCUCUGAAUCAAACAGGAGGAGUGUGGCUAAUGUUCAAGAGAGGCCGCUCAGGGAGAGAUUAACUCACCUGCUGGCUCUGAGGCCGUACAAGCGGCCAGAGUUGAUCCUGAGGCUGCAGAAAGAUGGACUUUCAGCAGAAGAUAAAGACAUGCUGGACCCGGUAGUGAUGGAGGUUGGCCAGUUCAACAUUAGAGACAAGACCUUUGUUCUGAAGGACGUUCUGUAUAAGGAGCUGCAGAAGGACUGGCCAGGCUACACCACAGGAGACCAGCAGCUUCUCAAAAGGAUUCUUGUCAGGAGACUGUUUCAGCCGCAGCAGAACCUCCUCACUGCCCCCGAGGCCCAGGUCAGCCCCCUGAGGGACACCCCCAACUCCUCCCCGGCACACCGUCCAAAACAUUCCCUGCCGGAAGAAUACACUGACCCUCUGGUCAGCAAGAAGCCCCGGAUCUCACACUUGUCCAGCAAAAGUGACAAGACGAGGCCGAGUUCGUCGGAGCCGGUGUCGCGUAAAGACGCCACAGAAGCAAAAGCGGACGAUGGGCGAAGGGACUCGCUUGACCCUCGAAAGCUGUUUGACUCGCUGUCAGCUGCCUGCGAGCAGCGAGAAGACGAUGUGGCUAAAAGGCUGGCGCCGACUCCGUGUGCUCAGGAGGAGCCUUCGCGCCCAGACGACCGCGUCCAGCCCGACUGCGAUGACCCUCCGUCCCCUCUGAUAGUGCCCGAUCUGAGCAAACACGCCACUAAAAGGAAGAAGAGCAAGCACAAAAGCAAGGAGAAGAAUAGAUGGAGAGAAGGUAAAGAAAGGAGAAAAGGUCACAGUUCAGAUAAAUGUGAGCCAAGUGAAAUGCUGUUUGAGUCUGAUGUGCUUCAAGGGGACGCUGACGCAGCGGAUUAUUUAUCGAUGUACACAGUGAUCUGCAGCCAUGAGCAGAGGCAACGCUACAAACAGGACUUUACCAAGGAAUACAGCGAGUACAGAGACUUGCACGCGCGCAUCGAUGGUGUCACGCGGCAGUUCAUGGAUUUGGACUCGCAGCUCAAAGAACUUCACCAGGAAUCGCGUAAAUACAAGACCAUUCGUAAUCAAGUUCUUCAAGAGUAUCGCAAAAUUAAAAAGUCCAACCCGAACUACAACCAGGACAAGAUUCGCUGUGAAUAUCUUCACAACAAACUAGCCCACAUUAAGAAGAUCAUAUCAGAGUACGACAACCAACAGCUCAUGGACCGUUCCUGUCCCAAAUGAUGAGACGUGACUCUGAGACGAGUGAACUGAAAUAAUGCUACACACAUACAGAACCAGUGAAGGUUCACACUGCUGAGCUGAAUGCCAUCAAGCUGGAUUUGGAUGGUCAUGGCUAAACACAGUAUAUACUCUUCUGCUGAGACCUACUGGAGGUGCCAGUCAAGUCAUUUGUGAAGAGUGGCAGUGGAGCGUCGGGUGAAAGCAGCUCACAUCUUUUCUUUUAAGAUGAGAUGUGCUCUUUAAAAAAAAAAAAAGUGGUUUGACCCACUAUGGCGACACGAUUCUGCCCAAGGACACAAGGAGUGACAGUGGAGUCGUUGAAGCUCUCAAAGCUGAGAUUGAGCUUUUAUCCUUUAAGAUGAGAACAGUUACAUGUGUUGAAAAGGUGCUAAACCUAAAAAAUAGUAAACCGUAGAUUCCCAUCACACAUUUUAAUUGUUUUGUGGAUUAAAUGUAGACAUCUAAUUGGGCAUUUGCUUCUGAUUUUUUUUCCUUCUUUAUGCGGGAGCAUGAGGUAACUGCACACUGUACAUACCCCACACGGCUCAUAUGAAAAGCAGGUGAAGGUUUCUUCUUCUCCGGUGUCACAGAAAAGACGGCAGCUGUGAUCCAAAUGCUCACAUUGUGCUAAAACACCUGUCCUUCAGUAUUCUUUAGGUUUAGGUGAAUUGAGACUUCAGUGUUGUCAUCACUUCUUCUCAAUAAUGAAUCUUGAAAGUAUUUCCAGUGCCUGAAAUGGUUAUUACGUCUAGUCUGGUUUCAUAGUAUUCCACUGGUUUUAUCCGUUCUGUGUGUGUUUUUUUCCCCAAAACACAAAAGACUGUUAUGUUAAUGUGAACAUUGUAUUCAGGGAAUUUACAGUGUGAGCUGCAGUAAGUCUACGAUGAUUAAAGCCAGUUUUAAUUAAGAGUAUUCAAAUGUAUGGCGUUGUUACCGUGGGCUGAGACAGUGAAGAAUUAAGAAGAAUGGAAAGACUUUGUUGCAUGCUAUGUUCUUUACAGAAUGCAUGAGAAUGAUGAAAAUCAGCGAUUUUGUCCGACUUUCAAAUAAAUUCCUUUUGUUAUUUAUCAAA